AUGGGCAGCGGGUACUACCUAUACAACACCUGGCCCGUCUUUUACAACCGCUACACCACCUUCCUCGGUGGGCCGUGCUACGGAUACUCGCUUUUCCCUUACCGCUUUAUGUACAAUGGCUUUUUUGUCAAAGCCAGCGACGGUGCUCAAAGUGUCAGCAGACGUGCCAUCAGCCUUGAUGCCGAGCAGCUUUUCCGACGAGAUACCGGACAUUCAGUUACUUGUUCUACCCAUGGCGAAGCUCCUAAGACUUUUUUGGUUAAGGAUUGUCUCGAUGCUGUCCAUCAAUUGGUCGAAAAGAAAAUCUCGACAGCAAGUCAUGGGACUUGCAAGCUCGCACUCGCUAACGGUAAAGAGAAAGUGGCUCCAGGUCUCAUCCCUGCGAAGGACCUCGAGAAAGGCGUUCAUGGCAUCUUAAAGGCUUGUGCUACUCCAGCUACUGCCGAAAAGGAAACAGCUGAAGGCAAAUCUUCUCCUAAAGACGACGACAAGCAAAUUGUCAUGCUCCUCACUAGUGCAUGA